AUGGAAGACAAAGUCGAACGUUGUGUUGAGCUCGAUGAAAGUGCUGUGAGACCCCCACGGUACGGUGUCCCGGUCCCAGCAGGAGCUGAGGCCUUCGCGACAGAAGCCGCGUCUCGCCCAUUUGCUGCUAGCCGUGGAGGCUCAAGAGGUCCAGCGUCCACAGAAAUCGACUCCAAAUCGUCGUUUCUCAUCGUUGCUGUGGCAGAAAACCGCGCUCGCGAGAUCGGGAUCUGUGCGAUCGACUUAAUGUCGCCUUAUGAGUUGCUUUUGUGGACGGUCAUUGACUCGCACUCUUACGUCGACACCAUGUCGCUGCUUCAAGCAUAUCAGCCUGUGGAGAUCCUCGUGGUAGAAACGUCCAAGUCGCACAAAAUUAACGAUGAGAUCUCCAAGCGCUUUGCUGGAGCAAACUGCCGAAUCGUACCACUUGCGCGGAAAUACUUUGACCAGACCAAAGGGGCAGAAGAUAUCAAACGCGUGAUGGCAAACAACGUCGAUAUCAAUAUCGGAAGGAACUACGUUGCCAUGGCCGCAGUGGCGUGUAUAAUGAAAUACGUGGAGUACAUACAAGGAGUAUACAUCGCGGAAAAGACGCUGAAGGUUGUGCUUAGUCCGUCGACGCGCAAACUGCUGAUGGACCAAGCAACGGUUUCGUCUCUGGAGCUUAUUCGAGGCACACGAGGAACAAGUGAUAGCCAGUCUCUUUACAAGAUGCUCAAGAACACGCAAACCAUGGCUGGGAAUCGACUACUUCGAUCUACGAUGCUGCAGCCGACAUGCCACCUGAAAACAAUUCAAGCGCGCCACGAAGUUGUCGGGAUCUUUCUUGAUAACCCUGCGUGGUUUUUUGAUGUAAUGGAAGAGCUACAAGAUUUCGUCGACUUGGACCGCUUACUGGGUCAACUUGUUUUCAUACCCAAAGUAGUCACGCCUCGGGUUUCGCGAAUCGCCAUAGGCAGUGUGAUUGCACUUAAACACACGUUGGAGUGUCUGCCAAAACUCGUUUCGUGUCUGGAAUCCACCUCGGCGAAGCUCGACAAACCUUGUCCUUUGCUCGACUCGAUCAUUCGAAGUUUGUGUGACGAGCAAUUUACAGGGAUAAAGGCAGAUAUUGAGCGAGUUGUGAACGACCGGGUCAAAAUCUGUCGUUCGGCUGCACAGAAACGCAUACAGGAGUGUUUUGCUGUUCGAGCAGGAGUUGACGGUAUGCUGGACGUGGCGCGGCGAUCCUACCUCGAUACAAUUGAGAAAAUUCAUGAGGUCAUCCACACAUACAAGGAAAACCUUGGAAUUCCCAUUCGACUCAACUACACGGCUCGGAGAGGAUACCAUUUGGCUGUCCCCGUCAAUGCAAAGGAUCUACCUGCAAGCUUCAUCGAAAGGGUGACGACGAAAACAGUAAUCUGCUGCUCGACCAAGCCACUGGUUUCUCUCAACGUACGGCUGAACGAAGCGCUCACCGCAGUCUAUAAGCUGUCGAACAGUGUUAUACAACAACUCCUCAACAAGAUCCGCCCCCGAUCUUCAGCCAUGCACGCGAUGGUGGAAAGCGUCGCGCUUCUUGAUAUGCUUCUAAGCUUUGUACACGUCGUCGCCCUUUCGCCACCGGACAAGCCAUAUACAAAGCCAAGUGUCACUGAGCAUGGCAAUCUGAUCAUUAAGAAGGGGAGACACCCACUCGUUGAACGUGUACUGAAAGAUCGGGCUUACAUCCCAAGCGACACGUUCUUUGACCCACUAAGCACCUUUCACAUCAUUGCUGGCCCCAAUUGCGCAGGUAAGUCCACGUAUCUGCGAGCGACAGCUUUGAUUACAAUUCUGGCCCAGAUGGGAUGCUACGUCCCCGCUUCCGAUGCUGUCAUUCCGAUUCGAGAUCGAAUCUGUACAAGGUUCGGAACCUCCGACGAUAUGGAAGAAAACGCGAGCUCUUUCGCGGUUGAAAUGACUGAGACGGCCUUUAUUCUGGAAUCGUGUACGGCAAAGUCAUUGGUCCUCAUUGACGAGCUGGGCCGAGGCACAGCCAUUGACGAAGGCGCAGCUAUUGCGUGGAGUAUUGGUGAGGAGAUGAUUCACCGGGGAUCCUUCACUUGUUUCGCAACCCAUUAUCACCAGCUCAAUCGUCUUGCUCGCUUGUAUCCUCGCUGUCGAAGUUACCACAUGGGCACUGAAUCCAACACCAAUUCUGUGCAUUAUCGCUACGUGUUAAAGGAUGGACCCUUCCCAUCAAUUGGUAUGUACGGCAUCAAGACAGCAGCGCUAAGUGGUUUGCCAGCAGAAGUGAUCCGAGAAGCAGAGCACAUUUACGAGAAAAUGUGCAGCGAGCGCGAGGCUGCCGAAAAUUCGAUUGACCAGGCCACCGCGACGGGUGAUAUGAGCACGAUCAACAGAAAUCUUCUUCACCACUUAUACGUGCUUCGUUACGCGGGUCUAGAUUACGCAGGUCUCCGACGCCAGCUACAACACCUGAAAAACCGGUUCCUAGCCCCGGCAGAGUAA